AUGAUUUUACCCCACGCCGCCAUCCGAUCGCUGCAAGCGCUCUCCAUGAACGCUCCUCGUCAAUCUCUCAUCGCCUAUCCAUCUAAGAUCAUCCUCUUCCCUACCGUUCUGAGUACUUUACGGUUUGACGUAUCGGCGAAUGCUACGGGGAACUUCAAGGCCUUGGAGGUCACUAUUAACGACCGAUCCAUAUUCAACCCGCCCCCGGGUAAGAACCCGCAACUAGGCUCGAUGCAGGACUCGGAGCGCAAGUUGAACCUCACGCACGAGUACCUCACAGCCUUCUACGAGACUAACGACUCCGGCGGGGCGCAGUUCGCCCUCCAACUAGGGCUGCCCCUCGGCUAA